GGAAAUAACCUCUCGCAAACACAUUUGUCGGGAGGAUGAGAAAAAUUUUCUAUCUCAGUCCUACGCUCAACUUUUCGAGUUACUUACAAUCAUCAUCCGUGAUUGUGAGAUUCCGACUCUAAAUCACCGCAAAUAAGUCCAGCGUUCCUCUUGAACCCUAGAGUUUACAGAUUUGACAGAUCAGCACCCCGUUAGCUUUCUACCAUAAGCGCUUCCGAAAGUUCGUCUUCUUCUCUCCAAUAACCUACAACAUGAGAAACCUUACACCAUGGGAAUUCAUCAUGGAGAAACGACGUUUCACAUUGUUUCCAAAACUGCCAAUUGAGAUGAGAGAUACAAUCUGGAGGCUGACUCUUGAGCCGCGUCUUGUCGAAGUCAGACCCAAAUAUGAAUACCGCGAUGUAUUUUAUUCUACUGCACCUCUACCUAUUGCAAUGACAGUCUGCAAAGACUCGGAGAGGGCUGUCCAAUCUUUGUAUCCUAAAUGCUUUGGUUCAUGGCUCGGUCCUGCAACAAUCAGAUUCAACUUCAAGAUUGACACCCUAUACCUGGAUUGGAAAAUUCAGGAGCACUUGAUGUCCUUCCUACUAUCGAUUAGUUUACAGGAGGCUGAAAAGAUCCAAUUCUUGGCUCUCGAUCAAUACCUUCGGUGGGGACGGCGACAAAUUGAUUUGGACUAUACCUGGUCUCAGAGCCCCGCAUACUAUGAGUCACUGACAAUCUUUGACCUCCAAACCCAAAUUUUUAGACGGUCCUGUCGCACUGUCGUGGACCACAAUGAGUGCAAAAUCGGCUCCAUAUAUCUGGGAAAACUUUGCUCUGCGGUGGAACGUAUGAAAAACUUGAAGGAGCUCAUAUUUGUGUAUGACGAUAUCAUCUGGGAUCCAGAGUUGUUGAGAGGAUGUGGAGUGCUUCCUCAACAGGACGAGCUUGCUGGCUUGACAAUUUUUCAGCGUGAAGAGGUCUACGAUCUACUCCCAGCACCAGUCAAAAUGAUAGAUCUCGAUUAUCGUGAUUUUAUUGAUGAUUCUCAUGAAGAUAUGCCAGUUGAUAAUCUCCAUGACGAUCUCAAAGCGCAAUUCGACAGUCCAAAUUUUGAGAUCAUGGUCCGAUAUGGAUGGAGAUUCCCAGAUUCGUUGACAUACUCUUCUCGUCUUACUGAACUUAGGAGUUAUGGUUCGUAUUUACACAGAUUCGAUUGCCCUUUCUGUCUUCCAAGAGUAUUUUAGGAAACUUUCACAAGCUUUCUUCAGGAAACCAGAUAUUUGGGGGAUUCAACAUGACAACUAAGCUCGGAGAUAUGUAUUCAAGUGAGGGGAGAGAAAUUUCAAGGCAUUGGGAAUGUUAUUGGGACGAAAACAAGAGAAUUCACUUGUUCAGGUUGCUGCCAUACUCACUUAUCAGAUUAGGAGAUUUAGCUUGAGCAUACACAAUGUGUCAACAUAGCGAAAUGAAUAAUAAAACUCA